AUGAAGACAUACCAAAAACAAUGGCCCCCAGUGCCCAGCGGCUCGAACGACCCUGGCCAAGGUAGCGGUCAGACCAGUCGUAGAGCAGGGGGUGCUAAGAAUCCCUGGGUAAAACAAGGCUGCCAACUUCACAUUGCAACUUAUAACGCUAGGUCAAUUGGAAAUGAGGAAAGGUUAACGGAACUACAGUACGAACUGGACAGAAUAAACUGGGAUAUUCUGGGAAUAUCAGAAACAAGGAGAAGAGGUGAAGAAUCCAUUAGACUAAGAUCAGGACAUAUCCUAUUCUACAAAGGAAGAGAAGAUAAUAGUUUGGGUGGUGUGGGUUUUCUUAUCAACAAACGAAUCUCCCCAAAUCUUCAAAUACUUAAAACCAUAUCAGAUAGAGUAAUAUACAUAACACUUAAGAUUAACUCCAAUAUAACAAUUAAAGUCGUUCAAAUCUAUGCCCCAACAAGUAGUCAUGAGGACGAAGAGAUCGAGGUGCUGUAUGAUGAAAUCACACAGAGCCUAACAGAAAAUAAGACAAGAUACACGCUGAUAAUAGGAGACUUCAACGCAAGAAUAGGAGAGCAGUGUAAUAGCUCACAGUAUGUUGGACAAUUUGGACUGGGGAAACGAAAUGAAAGAGGGACGAUGCUUGCAAAUUUCCUGGAAAAAGAACAACUAUACAUAAUGAAUACGUUUUUCAAAAAAAGACCUCACAAAAAAUGGACCUGGGCCAGCCCGGAUGGAAUUACAAAAAACGAAAUAGACUACGUGCUGACACCAAAUAAACAUAUCGUCCAAGAAGUUGACGUUCUUAAUUCCUUUAAUACGGGCAGCGACCACAGAUUAGUCCGGUGCAGGAUCGUAUUAAACACAAAAUUGGAAAGAGCAAAAAAAUUCAACAGCACGCAAUACCGUAUAGAUCCUGAUACAAUAAGAGACAACAAGUCAAUAUAUAGCAAAAGAUUGACAGAACGACUAACAAAGGAAACAACAUCAUCACACGAGAGCUUGGACGAAACAAACAAUAGACUGGUAAAAGAACUGAAAGAAACAACUACAAGUUUAGUAUCAUCAAAAACUAAAAGAAUAGAAAAGUUUACAACACAAACCAAACAGCUACUGGAAAGAAGGAGAGAGCUCAUUAAAGACAACAAAAGGAAUACAGUAGAGUAUGCCGAACUAAACAAAACAGCAAGGAAAAUGGCCAAGCAGGACAUACGAAAGUAUCAAGAAAAUCGAAUAGAGGAGUUGAUACAGCAAAACAGAGGUCUGAACAUCUUUAAAAAAGAAAACGCACAUAAAAAAGAAAUGAUCAAAUUGAGAGACGGACAAGGUAACAUAACAGAAGAUCGAAGAGAGAUACUCAAGGUAACAGAGAAGUUCUACACAGGUCUGUACGAGUCCAAAAUAGACAAUGAGUAUGUUAGAAAAGCAAACAGUGACCAUAAAAACAGGAUAUGUAACGUUGGCUCCGAGGAUCUACCUGAGAUUGAAGAGGAAGAAAUUGUAAAAGCUUUAAAUCAACUAAAAAACGGAAAGGCGGCAGGUGACGAUAACAUCAUACCGGAAAUGUUGAAGGAAGGUGGAAGCCUACUGAUAAGAGAGCUUAAAUCAUUAUUUAAUACAUGCCUAACCGAGGGAAGAAUACCACAGGAUUGGAACACCGCGAUAGUCAUACUGAUAUAUAAGAAAGGUGAUCCAAGCAACCUAGAAAACUAUAGACCAAUCAGCCUGCUAUCACAGAUCUACAAGCUUUUUAUGAGAAUAAUAGCAAACCGCCUUGAAUUCAAACUCGACGCAUACCAACUCUAUGAGCAGGCGGGCUUCAGAAAAGGCAUGAGUACAAUAGAACAUCUCCACACCGUAAGGACACUGAACGAAAAAGUAACGGAAUAUAACAUCCCAUUAUGGAUUGCCUUCAUAGAUUUUAGAAAGGCCUUCGACACAGUUGAAUUUUGGGCAAUUAUCAGGUCAAUGAAAAAUGCAAGAAUAGACCAACGAUAUAUUGACAUUAUAUACAGACACUAA